AUGGAAAAGAGCAUAAAAGUUGGAGUUUCUAUGAGUAGAGUAUUUUCAAGCUUCAAUUUCUUGACAGUAAUUAACCUAAGUUAUACCAAUCUAGAGAAUGAAGGUGCUAUAGCUCUAGUAAACGCUCUCAAGAGCUCUGUUCCAUCUCUUCAAGUUAUAGAAAUGGCUGGAAACAACAUAACCGAUGAGGCGGCUCCUGCUAUUGCCGCUUGUUUGGCAGCCAAGCGACAUCUGAAAAAGUGUAACUUGUCCCAGAAUGAUCUCGAAGACGAGGGAUGUGUUGAAAUUGUAAAGAGUAUGGAAGAUUUGGAGUUAGAAUAUGUUGAUAUGAGCUACAAUAAACUGACAAGAGAAGGAGCAUUGAGUUUGGCUCCUGUUGUUGUCAAGAAAGAAAGUUUCAAGAUGUUGAACAUUUAUGGGAAUAUGAUCUCUGCUAGAGGCAUUGAUGAAGUCAAAGAGAUAUUCAAGAAUUGUCCCAAUCUACUUGGACCUUCGGAUGAGAAUGACUCUCUUGGAGAAGAAGAUGAGGAUUAUGAAGAGAGCGAAGGUAAUAUGGAUGAUCAUGAUGGUUUAAGAGAGAUGAAUGAUCUUGAAGAUUUUGAAGAUGAAUUCGUGAGUGUAUUUAUCUUUUACUAGUUGUUUGUAUUGUACUAAUAGAGAGUGGUGUUGCUGCUGCCAUUUUACUACCUCAAAUCAAGCUCUUUAUCAAGUACCUUUAUUUUGACAAGUGCACGUACCUUUAGAGUGGCUGAAAACAUGAA